GGAUCAGAGCUGUGUUAUACGACUCAUUGGAGUAACAUCAGCGUGAGCUGUCUUACCCCGGCACUGUCAGCUGGCACUCAUACCCUGGUACUCUCCGCUGAUGGCUUUGGUGCUGCUGCCAGGGAAAUGGAGUACGUACUGCAGGUGACCUCGGCCUCAGCUACCCAGGGGUCAGUGAAGGGUGGCACGCUGGUCAGGCUGGGCGGCACAGGCUUCAGAUCGGAUUGUUCCCGCCUCAAGGUGAAGCUGGGCCAGGUGUAUGAGUGUGAGGUGCUGCAGUGCUCCGAUGAGGCCCUCACCUGCAUCACCAGGCCCAUCACCACCAACCACAGGAUUGUGAAUGUUGGCACCAGCUCUGAGACUGUAUCAUGGUAUCCUCGUGUGCUGGAGGUAGUGGAGGGAGACUCAGUAACCUGGCAGUGGAGUAAGGUGUCUGAGAACUCACAGCUGCAGUACGGAGUGUGUGAGGUGGCCAGCCCUGUGGAUAAGUGUGAGGACGCUGAUGGUUCUGGCUUCUUCUCAGGGACACAGACUGCUGCAGGCUCCUUCACAGUGGCCUUCCCCCAGCAAGGCAUCCACUAUUAUGCUGGCCCCACACUGCCUGGUGGUGUGGUGAUGCGGGGCCAAGUCAACGUGGUACGGCCACCUCAUCAGGCCCUCAGGAUGGCCGUACUGCUGGGUGACAAGGAAGCCACCUACCAGGUUGCCGGGAGUCAGGUCGUCAACAUGAGUGGCUGUGACCCCAUCCUGGAGAUGCCUCUGGACAGGUGUGACCUCCCCGACCUGACCACACCAGAAAAUGGAUACCUGUACUUUCAUUUCCACACCUGUCACACACCUGUGGUCUCUGCCCUGGCCUCCUCCACCACCCACACUGUGAAGGGCCUGAGCGGCCUGCAGGUGGUGGGCGGCGACUCUCUCACCAUCACUGGAUCAGGCUUUGGUGACCUGGCCUGCCAGGUAGAGGUCAGUGUUGGUGAAGCAUCCUGUAGUGUGACCUCUGCUUCAGACACCUCUGUGACCUGCGAUCUGGACAACCUGGACAACCUGAGGUCGGGUGCAUACCUGCCCAUCACUGUCAAGGCAAUCAACAGGGGCAUGGCAGUGACAGACAUCGCAGGGUACAGUAGUGAGGGCCGUGUGGUGAUGGUGCCGCAGGUGUCCUCCCUCAGUCCCCUGGAAGGCUCCCUGGGUGGCAGCACCCUGCUCACCAUCAGUGGAAGUGGUCUGCAGGGUCUGGUUGCCUCUCUUGUGGUGCUGGUGGGGGGGCCAGACCUGCCUCACUCCACCCUCCACCUCUGCCACCGUGGCCACCUUCACUCUGACUGUGGCCGGUGUGCCGGCCAAGAUGGACACCCUUACCUUCACCUACAGUGAGGCACUCACCCCUGUGGUCACCAGCAUGGCAGUGCAGGGCAAGGAAGUGACAUUGUCUGGCCACAACUUUGGCAGUGACAACACCAAGGUCAUCAUCACUCUGGUGCAACAGUCGGUCCCCCGUGGCUGCUGAGAGGUGCCUCAGGAGGAGGAGAAGGAAGACUUGAUGGUGGAAGAAAGGGAAGAGUGGUGGUGGUGGUGCUGAAGGAUGAGGUUGAGGACUUCCUGGGUGUGGAGGCGGGUGAUGAGAUGGACCACCUGGUGGAGACAGUGGCCGAGGAUGAGGAUAACGUGCUCAGUGGUAAGUACCUGCAUGGCCUGGGGCAGAAGGCGAGGCUGUCCCUGGUGGAUGUGCUGGAGGCCCCUCGGGGCUUCUGGGGUAGCUUCACCGGCACCGGGGCAGCCACCUUUGAGGAGACGGUGCAGCUGGGUGCCUGGCGCAUGGCUGGCAUUGGCCUCUUCCCCACAUACUGGACCACAACCCCCAGGAGAGACACCCACAACAGAGUCACUCAACAGAGGACCAUCCCACCUCCUACUCCUGCACCAUCACCUCUCUCACCCCCACCAAAGUGUCCUGCACAGCAGCCGGCCUGUCCGCAGGCUCCUACAGACCCAUGGUGACCGUGGCUGGGGCUAGGGCAGUUGUGGGCAACAAGGUG